CGCGCUCUUGUCCACUGGAUCUACGGAGUAUGCAUCUAUCCAUUAGACCCCAAAGCCACCAGACUGGAUCGCGACGUCAGAGUCACGCGAGGCUCGUCUUCACUGCAUCGCAUGCUCGUCGUUUGCCAACAACAGGCGAUGUCGCACAAGUGUGAGGCCCAAGUAUGCUGGACACUGCCUCACAUCAACACCAACCUCAGCCUCAACGAGAGCAUUCUACGUUAAGGGAGCACAUCGAGAUGGACGACAGUGGCAUGACGAGGAAUUCGUCCAGACAGAGACUUCUCGAUGUCGGAGAUGAGACUAACGCGAGUAGAGGGCUCCCUAGCGUCGCGAAACACACGCUGGGACUCAUCCUUUUGCUCUGUGUGGUGUUCUUAUGGACAUUGUCGAAUUUCUUGGGUAGCAGCAUAUUUGCCGAUAACACCUACGCGAAGCCCUUUUUCCUGACGUAUCUCAACACGAGUAUGUUUAUGCUGGCUAUGAUCCCAACGCUGGUUCGGAUGGGAUACAGAAGACACAGAGACCACGGAGAUUUGUAUACGAGAGUACGCUCGACGUUCUCAAGAAGAGGGAAAUACAGGCGGCUGUCGAACAACGACACGACAGGCUUGGAAGAUGCAGUGGCCGAACAUGAAGCGCAGGCGUUUCUCGCUCCAGACGGCAAACCCUCGCCCGACACUUUGAGAAGCCAGGAAGUGGACGUGGAUGAGAAGGAAAGUCAGAAACAUCUAGGCAUCAUUCCAACAGCACGUCUUUCACUCAUGUUCUGCAUCCUCUGGUUCGGCGCGAAUUACUUCGCUAUGGCGUGUCUGCAACACACGACGGUAGCGUCGACCACGAUCUUGACGUCAACGUCCAGUUUCUGGACCCUCAUGAUCGGAGCCCUCACCGGUACCGAGAAGUUCACAUGGCGCAAGCUCUUAGGCGUGCUAGGAUCGCUGGUCGGAAUCGUCCUCAUUUCGCAAGUUGAUCUAUCGGCCAGUGCUGACGAUGAAGUCGGCUCCCCGUCUCCGCGGGCACGAGCAGUUGACACAUUCCCCGACAAGUCACCGAGAGAAAUGGCCAUUGGCGACGCCAUGGCGUUGCUCUCGGCCGUGAUAUACGGUCUAUACACGAUCACGCUCAAGAAGACGACCAUAAAGGCACUGCCGAGAUCGUUGGAUAUGGCGCUGUUCUUUGGGCUGGUGGGCCUGUGGAACAUCAUACUGUUGUGGCCCCUGUUUCCGAUACUGCAUUUCACCGGGCACGAAGCAUUCGGACUCCCUCCUAGCCGACAUAUCUGGACAAUUCUACUGGUCAACAGCAUGAGUAGUCUGUUGAGUGAUAUCUGCUGGGCGUAUGCGAUGGUUCUGACGAGCCCUCUUGUGGUGACGGUGGGGUUGAGUCUGACUAUCCCGUUGAGUUUGGUGGGCGAGAUGGUGCUCCAGGGACGGUAUGAGGGGUUGGUUUAUUGGCUUGGGGCGGCAAUUGUGGUGGGCAGUUUUGUUUUCGUGGAUCAUGAGGAGAGGGAGGAAGAGUGUCAGCCUCGGAGCGAGCUUCAGGCCGAACAGCACACGACAGGCGGCGUGGUUCGACCGGAGUACACUGUCCACCGAAUUUCGCAUGGAUCGACUGCAAGAGAGAGCAACGACACGGCGAUAACACAAGCCUCGCCGAGCCGGUCAGCGGCUGAUGUGAAAUCAACGACGUAUGGUCCUGCGUCGCCACUUCCACAGGGACUAGACCAGGCUUCUGCUGAAGGUUCGAAGCAAGGCUUCUGGAGCAGCAUCCUCUCAGGUGGAGGUGGCGGAAACGCCUCGAGCGAUGAUGACGAUGACGAUGAUUUCUUGGACAGUGAUUCCGAUUAGAGGGCGAAGGCAUGUAUUUCUAUGAUUUUAUGGGCAUGGGAUUCGGCAUGGGCGCUCGGUUUCGGACAAGAUACAUGUAGACUUGAUACCCGAUCUCUUGAUCUACAAUUGUGAACUCGAUUUGCUCCAG